AUUAUGAAAUGGGAGAAGUUAAAGCCUCCGGAGCCAGAUGAUCCUAUGUGUUGCUGUGAGUGUGAUAUCUACCAGUACGGAUGUUGCUGUGACUGUGAAGAUAUGGACGAAGCCUUUAACAGGUGGCUGAAAGACAGACCGCCCAAAAGUGGAUGCCAGUCUGCUGUACUUGGGGCCAUGAUUGACAACCUGGAGAUCUCCAUGAUCCCAGCCCUGGUGCUGCUACCUCUCCUGCUGCGGGUUGCAGCUCUGCACUACCUGCUGGGCAUCAUCAUCCUGACAGCUCUGCCCGGACUGGUGCUGUGGUACUAUUACGCCACACACCGAAAGAGGAGACGCACCCUCUUCUUCCUCACUCUUUCGCUGUACUCGCUGUUCUACAUGUACUACCUCUUCAUCACAGAGAUUUUACCACGUGGAGACGUGGGCCAGCUGCAGCUGUGCACUGUGACCGGUGGCAUGAUUUUCACCAUCGUCUCUCUUAUUCUCACCAAGAGAGGCCCAGGAUUUGUGACCACUUCCCCACAUGAAGCACAAGGUCACAGUCAGGAGGUGAGCAAGGACCUUAACGGAUCUAUCCAAUCAGCAGCCUCCUCCUCUGGGACUGCAGAACAGGAGCAAACAACAAAACAGGCCCUGGCAGCAAAAUGGAGCAGGUGUCCCGUGUGUAAAAUAAUUCGACCCCCUCGGGCCGGACACUGUCGAACCUGUGGAUCCUGUGUCCAGCGUCUGGACCACCACUGCAUCUGGAUAAACAGCUGUGUUGGACAGGCAAAUCAUCGCUGUUUCCUGCUGACCCUCUCUGUGUUCGUGUUGACCUCUCUGUAUGGGAUCACUUUGGUGCUGUCCAGCCUCUGUCCUCGACAGUAUCUAAUGACGGCUCUCUUCUACUGCCCCGCCGUCUACAGCCAGCCCAGCACGGCUCUUUGCUUCACCUGUGCUUGGUACAGCAGCAUUGUCACAGGUGGGCUGCUUUACCUGCUGGUGACACAAGUUGUGAAUAUCAGCUUCAAUGUGACGGAGCGCGAGUCUCAGCUGGCUGUGAGGAACAAAACGGGCCAGAGCCGCCUGUGGGGACUGGCCAUCGACACAGGAGAAUAUUCACGUGGCUUCUAUCAGAACUGGGUUGAGUUCCUCACCAUGGCAGAUGCCUCGGUUUCUCCUCGCUCCAGCUUCACCGACUUGGUCUAGUUUCACUUUAUACUCUCCAGUAAUAGGAUGAUAACAAAGAA